UCGCCACCUAUCCUUGCUUUACCCCUUCAGACGUCUUUGGCCUUCUGACUUCGGCUCCUGGCUCCUGAAAGCAGUUGGUCCUGCCGGGCCCCUUAGUGGCAGCUGAGUCUGGGUCUCCCUCUCCCGGCUAGGAAGGGAGGAAACCGUCCUGCACCUUCUUGAACCCAGCCAGCUCAACUGGACACGUGUUCCCUGUGCCUUAUCUUUGUGAAUGCAUUCUGAGAACAAAGGGAAUGAGUUGGAGUUUUUGAAGAUUUCCAAGAAGCAUGCACCUUAAAAGAAGAUCAUGAGUCACUUCCUUGAAAUAGCCCAGUUCCUUUAGCUUCUGUCAUUUCAGGCUUCACCUUCCUGAUUGCCCAGCCUGCUUCUCCUGGUCUCUAGGAAUACUUUUCUUUAAAGACGUACCGUACACUCUCUCCCAAAUUUGUAUCUGCAACCUUAGGUACAAGUUUCUGAGCUUCAGAGUCACAGAUCUACUUAUCUAUUUACUGUUCCUGUAGUUGUGUUGCACGUUUAUUUCAAUGUCAGCAAGAUCAAAACUGCCUCAUCAUUUCCACCUCUCCUCACCCCACGCCUGCUCUUCCUCCAGUGGUCCCCAUCUCAGUAAAUGACAGCUUGUCAGUCCGGUCAUGCCUGCCAUUGUCCUGGAAAUUGUUCUUGAUGUCUCCCUCUUCUAAACAUCUGGUGAUUUCAGACACUGCUGAUAUACUCUUCAGAAUUCGAGGAGGUCUUGAUCUAGCUUUUCAGCUAGCUACUCCUAAUGAAAGUUUUAUCAAGAAAGCACUCAAGCAUGUGUUAAGUGACUUGUCAGCCAAGCUUUCUUCAAAUGCUCUUGUGUUCAGAAUUUGCCAUAGUUCCGUGUAUAUCUGGCCAAACAGUGACCUGAGCACCAAUCCUGAACUGACAGAUAGCUCUGCUUGUAAGAACAUUAUGCGCUUGAUUCAAUUUGAACAGGAAGAAGAUACAAAACGAAAAUUCAUGAAAAAGAAAGACAAAAAGCUGUCAGACAUGCAUCAGAUAGUCAACAUAGAUCUUAUGCUGGAAAUGUCAACCUCUCUGGCAGCCAUGACACCCAUCAUUGAAAGAGAAAGCGGAGGGCACCACUAUGUCAGUAUGACUUUGCCCGUCGAUGCUGUUAUAGCUGUUGCACCUGAAGAAACCUGGGGAAAGGUUCGUAAACUUCUGGUUGAUGCGAUUCAUAGUCAGCUAACCGAUAUGGAAAAGUGCAUUUUGAAAUAUAUGAAAGGAACAUCUAUUGUGGUCCCUGAACCAUUGCACUUCUUAUUACCUGGGAGAAAAAAUCUUGUAACAAUUUCAUAUCCAUCAGGAAUUCCAGAUGGUCAGCUGCAGGCCUACAGAAAGGAGUUACAUGAUCUCUUCGAUCUGCCUCAUAACAGACCGUAUUUUAAAAGGUCCAAUGCUUAUCACUUUCCAGAUGAACCAUACAAAGACGGAUACAUUAGAAAUCCACAUACUUAUCUCAACCCACCUAACAUGGAGACUGGUGUGGUUCAAAUAGUUCAGGGCAUCUAUGGGUACCAUCAUUACAUGCAAGAUCGGAUAGAUGACAAUGGCUGGGGCUGUGCCUAUCGGUCUCUGCAGACCAUCUGUUCCUGGUUCAAACAUCAGGGCUACAUGGAGAGAGCCAUUCCCACGCACAGGGAAAUUCAGCAGGCUCUGGUGGAUGCUGGGGACAAACCCGCAACAUUUGUCGGAUCACGCCAAUGGAUCGGAUCUAUUGAAGUACAGCUGGUACUAAACCAAUUGAUUGGUGUAACCUCAAAAAUAUUGUUUGUCAGCCAAGGUUCUGAAAUGGCCUCUCAGGGACGGGAACUGGCUAAUCACUUCCAGAAUGAAGGAACUCCUGUGAUGAUUGGAGGAGGAGUUUUGGCCCAUACAAUACUGGGAGUUGCAUGGAAUGAGAUCACAGGACAAAUAAAGUAUCUGAUCCUAGAUCCACAUUAUACAGGUGCUGAAGAUCUACAGGUCAUCUUGGAGAAGGGUUGGUGUGGAUGGAAAGGCCCAGAGUUUUGGAACAAAGAUGCCUACUACAAUUUAUGCCUUCCUCAGCGGCCAAAUGUUAUUUAGCACAUGUUGAACACAAAGACUCUAGUAAAAUUGUAUUAUAAAAUUUAUUAAUAAAGAAUAAGCUUAAUUUCAA